AUGCGUGCAGCAAAGUUGCCUUCCUGUAUGGCUGUCUCCAAAAUACUACCCGACCGUCACUUCAUUAUUACUGCCGUCGACAAUUGCGCGAGUUACCAGUACUUUCUCCAACAAUUGUCACAACAACGUCAGACAUCGUUGCUUUCAGAGACGAAAUCCGACUCCUCGGUGGCUAAGCAUUACUUCAGCAUCGACAACCUUGUGCCCGAGGACAUGACCUCGCUCCUCGUGCUUUGCCGUGCUAUUACCUAUCCUACGGGAUCCUUCAACUUCUCUUUUCAGGGUAACCCGAGCACUUCCUCGUGCUCCGUAUCUGCCUCGAAUUCGCAAGACGGGCCGGACGCCGCGGUCCGAAGGUUGGCUUACCUGCAUGUCGUUGAGCGGGCCGCGGGGGACUUUGUCCCGAAUAAUCUCCUCUAUGAUUGUCUCAAGUGCUACCAGGCUGAGCCCGGGGGGUCCUCUGGGAUUAACGGAUUCCCCGAAUUCCUCGGGGACGCCCAGCGCCAGCUCCCGCAAUCUGCGGAGGAGGCCUUGGAGGCGGUGGGGUGGCCGCCGGGCAGCCCUGCGACAGCGACGCCCGAGGCCAAACUCGUGCAGGACCCCCUCGGGAAUGACGACGAGGCGCGAAGGAGAUCAGUGGUGAACGCGACGAUUUCCCUUGCUUCACCCAACGCGAGCAACGUCUUCACUUUUUACCCCUAUGCAGUCUCGGUCGAGGCGAGCAUUCCAUACCGCUCCGAGUACUUCUGUGUGAUGGUGAACCUCAAGCCGAUCCUUCCACACCACCUCAUGGUGGUUCCCUUGCGUUGUGUGGGGACUAUUCAUGGUCUCACCGAUGAGGAGGUCAAGGACUGGGGUCAAACGAUGGUCUUGACCUUUCGUGUUCUGAAUGAGGUUCACAAUCGCAAUCGUCGAGGCGAUGCUCCGCUGCAGAGAUGGGAGAAUGUGAGCUAUUGCAUGGCUAUUCAACAAGGCACUGAAUCAGGGCAGACAGUGCCCCAUCUUCACACCCAUAUCAUCCCCUUCAGCUCUCCGGAGGACCUGGGUGUGUCUCCAGAUAGUGAUGAAAAUCUGUCUCCUCGGAUCCCGCGAACCAAGCAAGAAAUGUGGGAGGAGACAGCUUUUCUGAGGCCCUUCUUUACAAAGCUGGCGGAAACUAUAAUAUAG